AUGGAUAGUAUGGAAGGAAAGGGGUGUGCAGUUAUAGCAUUAUUAGACGGGAAGAGAAAACCGUAUCAGAUUUUCAAAAUGCUGCAGCAUAAAGGAAUAUCAAAGGAUUUUGUCUAUCGUACUAUUAAGCAAUAUAAUGAUAGUGAAAUAAAACUUGAAGAUAAUAUUGCACAAAACGAAGCUUUAUGUGAGAAUGUGUUUAUGAUGGUUAUUUGCAAUGAAUUGCGAAUCCCUUUAUUUGUUGUUGAAAAACCUGGAAGUUCAAAGUCUUUAGCAAAAUCCAUCAUUCAAGACUGUAUGCAAGGAAACUUGUCAAAAUCUUGUUUGUUUAAAAAUUUUAAGCAGAUUUUUGUGUGUUCAUACCAAUGCAGUCCUCUUUCAACAGCAGACGGAAUAAUAAAUACAUUCAAACAGUGUAGUCGAUAUCAAGAAGAAAAGGAUCUUGAAACCUUUACUUCUGUUGUUGUACUAGAUGAGGUUGGUCUUGCAGAAGAUUCUCCCCGUAUGCCUCUUAAAGCAUUGUAUCCAUUGUUAGAAGAUGGUACUGAUGGUUCUGAAGAACUUACAUUUGAUGGCUCAUCUCUUAAAAACAAAAGUGUUGCAUUUAUUGGCAUUUCAAACUGGUCCCUUGACCCUGCAAAAAUGAAUAGAGGAAUUAUGCUAUUUAGAGGACAGCCUGAUUUUAAUGAACUAGUUGAAACUGCAAGAUACUUAGAAGUUUAUGAAAGGCAAAAUAAAUGUGAUGUUGUAAAAAAGUAUAGAAAAGAAGAAUUUUUUGGAUUAAGAGAUUUUUACAGUUUGUUAAAAUUAGUACUCUGCUUUGCCCGAAAACGCAAUAAUAUACCUACAUAUUCAGAUAUUGAACAUGCAGUCAAAAGAAAUUUCAGUGGACUUCAGGAACUUGACACAUGGAAUAUCUUUAGGUCUUUUCUUCCAUGCAAUUUUUUUGAGACAAAAGAUGCAGAUGUAGAUAUAUCUGCAUUGCAUUUGAUUGCUGAUAGUUUUGCUGAUAAAUGUCCAUGUUAUGAACAUCGAUCAACUUCUGAUAAGACAAGUAAAACCCAUUGUUUAAGCUCUCGCUAUCUUCUGUUAAUAACGGAGGAUUAUGCUGCUUUACCAAUUAUUGAGCAGCAUUACCUAAAAACCAAUCAAAGUUGUAUCAUUUUCGGAAGUAGUUUUCCCAAGGACCAACACUUUACUCAGGUUUGUCGUGAUGUAAAUAGAAUUAAGAUAUGUAUGGAGACUGGCACUAGAGUUGUGCAGUUAAACAUGGAAAACUUAUAUGAAAGUCUUUAUGAUACAUUGAACCAGUAUUAUGUAUCAUUUCAAGAAAAGAACUAUGUAGAUUUAGGCAUUGGAACUCACAGAGUUAAAUGCAGAGUGCAUGAAGAUUUCAGACUUAUAGUGAUUGCAGAUAAAGAAAAUGUGUACAAGACCUUUCCUAUACCUUUGAUAAACAGGCUGGAAAAGCAUUUUUUAACUCCUUUUAAUGGAAUGGAACAUUCUCAAAUAGAACUUGCUGAAAAGCUUAAAAAAUGGGCUUCAGAUUUUUCUAGCGUAAACUCACUCACACAUGAGUUCAAACCAUCAGAAUCAUUUAUUGGAUACAGUGAAGUUAGUUGUGCUUCUAUUGUAAUUAAACUUUAUCAAAAGUAUGUUGGUGAGAUUGAACAUGAAAAAUUAACUGUUGUUGACCACGAUAAGAUUUUUGAAGAAAGUUGUCAGGUUUUAUUAAAAUUAGCUACUCCUGAUUCUUUAUUUCGUGUUUUGAAAACAAGUUUGAGAGACCAUUUUGAAUACUAUUGGAAUAUUUACUUUAAUGAGCAGUUUCAUCAUUCUCUGGAAGCUUAUCUUAUCAAUGAACUUGAUAAUAUAGAUAGCAAAUUUAUGCAGGUUACAACAUUUUCACGACUUUUAUCUCCAACUGACAAAGAAAGUUUAGAUGUUAAGUUAAAUGAUUUUGAAAUUGAAAUGAUUUCUCUUAUGCAGUUUCAAACAGAAAAAUCAUUCAGGGAUCGUCUACGAGUUGUAUGCAAUGCUGAAUGUAAUAGAAAACAGCUUCUUAUCAUUCAAGCAAACAAUGCACAGGAGAGGAGCAAGUUAAUUUCAUGUGCACAAUACAUUUGUAAAGAAACACAAGAUCAGUUUAAAUUAAAGAACAUAUCUGUUAUAUUUAUUCUGCAGUUAAACUAUAAAGCUAAGCGCCUAGACUUACUGAGUUCAUUAUCAUUUUGGGAAUGCUGUCAUAUUGAUGAGUUACGUAGCUCAAACUAUCCUUAUCUUAUUAAAUAUUACAAAAAAUCUUUGAAAGAAAUAAUUAGAAUUGACGAUGUAAAGCCAGAGGUGGUUCAACUAAUAUUAGGAUGUUUACAAAUGACUAUUCGACGUCUUAGUGAAAUGAAGCAAAUGACUACUGAAGAAAUAUCACAAAAAAUUGAUAUUUUAACAAAUCUUUUAACAAGUAAACCUGAUGAUAUUCAAUACAUGUUUAUAUCGACUGUGUUGCGGCUGGUUGAAACUGGUUUAGCUGCAGAAGAAAGCAAAUGGCAUCCUGAUUAUCUUACAAAUUGGAUUCAAAAUGAAGCAGUAGAACAAAAAUAUCAACCUUCAUAUGGAACAUUUAAACAUGCUUUAUUCCGUUAUAUGGAAGAUCAUAUUGUGCCUGUUUUCACAUUUAUUAUUUUUAGUAUAGAUAGGUUUCAUAAUCUUAAAAUUCUUUAUAAUAAACCUGAAUAUACGAAGCUGUGGCUGGAACUGUUUUCUAAGUCUAUGGUUAUUUCUAAUGCGCCACAUAAGUUAAUAGAUUUAUAUUUUAGUUGCAAAUUUCCAUUUUCAGACAAGAUUGUUAAAGAAAUUCAUGAUGCAUUGCAAAUAUGUAUACAACCAGAUGCAACACUUGAAACACAUGAAUAUAAACAUAUAUAUGACACAAUCGGAUCAUUACCGAUGGCAAGUCUGAUUAUGGGGUCAGCAGCUAUGGAAGUAGAUAGUUAUAUAUUUGACUUUGUGCGUUUAAAAUUUCCUGAUCAUUUGCAAAGUUCUGACCAAGGCUCACAAUCUUACAAAAUUUUGGCAUUAGGUUUGAUUUCCUUUACUAAUUUGGUAAUUAUUUCAAGAAAUAAAUGCUUUAAUGCUUGUGGUAUAAACUUUAAUGAUAUUAACAACACCAACUUUGAUAUAGUGUCUAUACACAUAGCUUUGAACACUAAAGUAUUUGAAGAAAGACUCAAAAAUAUUUCUAUGAUUCUUAUCUGCCAUCCAAAAUUAGGCACUUUAUUAGAUCAAGGAUCAGAUAUUGAUAAAGAUGUUUACUUAAUGAAUCAUCUUCUAACACAUCUUGCUUCUAAACGCUUCUGUCCUGAUUUUUUUGAAGAAAUUAGAAAAACAAAGGUGUUGAUCAAUUGUGUACUUGAGUCUGCAAUCAAACGUAAAUGCAGUUAUGCAACAAAAGAAAUGGUGGAGAAAUUACAAAUUUGUUGGUGCAAUUUUAGAAUCUAUCAAAAGUUUUCAGAUCUUGUUUUGCAAACCAAUGAAUGUUUUUGCAAUUUUCAAGUUAAUUUAUUGAGCUCGCUGUGGAAGGUAAAAGUGGAGAGGUUACAUGCUAAGGUAUUACAUUCAGAUCGGUUUUCUUUAUCAUUUGUAAAAUGGUACAGAUAUCAACCACCAGGUUCUGCACAAGAAUAA